UGAGACCGCAUUCAGUGCACGGACCCCGGUGAACAAGACGAGCAAGGACUGAACGCUUUCUUUCUGCUUUUCCUCCACUCUGUCCAUGCAUGGGAUUGUACUGCAUUGCCACUUCAUGACGACCUUCUUCUUGAAGAUCCACUUUGAGCUGCUUUGACUCCAAUACUGAACUCAUAUCAAGUGUAUGAAGCUCUGAGAAGUUGUUAAAGCCUGAUACAUUAAUAGUAACUUUAUUGCAUUGGAAUUUAUCAUUGAAUUCGAAUCUACACAAGGGGUUCAGUCUUUGGAUUGGAUAGUCAUGAAGUAUUUUGGCAAGUUAAAUCACCUUUGAGAUUCAGUUGGACCAGGACUUUGAGUGGAUCACUAUACCAGCUUCCAUGAGUUUGGAUUGUCCCAUGUAGACUUGAGCUGGGUGGUUCGGGUCAUUUAAAGGGAGAUCUUUUCAAGGUAUGGUUCUGGACUCCUUGCGCUUAGGAGCGACUCCAAGGCUCCUACAGUCUUCAUAUUUCUUACUGGGUGUAAAACUGACAUUGGAUGGAGAUGAGAACCAUAUUCUGCUGGUUUCUGCUCAUCAUCUCGCCCCUUCUGCUGGCAACUGCUGAGAAGGAAUUCCCAAUACCUCAAGAGUUCAUAGACAGACUGUCGCACAGCGAAAUCAACAGCAUCAGCGACCUCCAGCGGCUACUGGAGGUAAAUUCUCCAGGUCCUGGAAAUGAGGUGAUUGAGGAGGUCAAACAGAGACACCAUCAGAAGAACCAUCACCAGUAUCAGACAGACUCCUCGGAUCUGAAGAGUCACCAGCUGUCCCACAGACGGAAAAGGAGCAUUGUAGAGGAGGCAUUGCCUGCCAUGUGCAAGAUACGGACAGUGAUCUACGAGAUCCCUCGCAGUCAAGUGGAUCCCACCGCUGCAAACUUCCUAAUAUGGCCUUCGUGUGUGGAGGUGAAACGCUGCACAGGCUGCUGUAACACCAGCAACAUGCGCUGUCACCCCUCCAAAAAACACCACCGCACAGUUAAGGUGGCAAAGGUAGAAUUUGCAUCACGUAAGAAAGCAAAGUUGAAGGAGGUGCUCGUCAGGUUAGAAGACCACCUGGAAUGUGUGUGCACGUCACAUCAUCACGUCAUGGAGCAUGUGGAAGCAGACACAGUUGUGUUUCCAGGCCCACGCAAAGUUAAAAAUGGUAAAAAACGGAAACGCAGAAAGCAAGCAGUGGCAGCACAGAUCAACAAGGAUAUUCAAUAAAAGGCAAACAUUUCCUAUCCCUCAGCGGACCAAAAUAUCCUGCAGUGGACAUGAGGUGAAACCACAAUAAACAAGCCAUUGAAGGACAACAGUGGUUAGGUAGUGCUCCAGCAGCACUGGGACUUUGACCUCUGAACUCCGACCCUACUGACCCAUUGCUGUUAAAAAAAAAAAAAGAAUAAAGAUACUGUAUCCAGAGGGACUUCAUACAAUCUCAAAGCCGAAGGUGCUUUUUACUCCUUGGAAGUGCUCUGUCAAACACUGAAGACAAACAAGAUUGGAAUUCAGUUAAUUAUUAAGUGGUCGUACACUGGGCGGAAGCAAAACUGAAAUGGAAGAUGUUUGCUUCGUUUCUCUGUUGUUCAUAUAUACGAUUCUCGUAAAGGUCAAAGAUGACGAGAAAGCCUUUUGGAGAACACUAAGUUUGUAGAGAAUAUAAACUUCACACACUUGGGCUUGGAAGCACUCAAGAAAGACUAUAGAUGCCUGUGAGGAAUGGACUUGGCUAUCUCGCGGGGCUCCAGUCAUUCAAAACGAGGAAGAACAUGUAAAGGGAUGUUUGGGCAAGCUCAAAUGUGUUGUCAUAUAACCUUGCUAAAUGGAAGAUGCUUUUUUUCUGUUGUUCUACAUCCAUACCUUUGUCCUCUUGGGUCCAGAGCAUUUAUAUUGUUAUUUCCAACGUGCCUCUAGAUCAUUUUGUCCUUCUGAAGAGCUGAAACCGCCUGUCCAUUAACAAAGAAAGACUUGAGUAAACAGAAGACAAAGUGUAAUGCAGUAAUUAUGCCAGAAUAAAGUAUUUAUGUAUGCAGUCUCUCUCUUUCUCACCCUCUGUCUCAAUAGGAGACCCUCACCCUAUUCAUCAGCAUGGUUUUCUUAAAUCUCACAUCAUUGUAAAUCUCUUACUGUAUUUUACAGCACAUCUCAAAACUAGGUUUUUGUGUAGAAAAUCUCUUUGAUAGGAAGAUGUGUUGUGUAAGAGACAGUUAUGUAAAGAUGCUUUAUUUUUGUUAAAAUAUAUAUUUAUAAUGUGUAUGCAGAAUCGAGCAGGAUGUACUGUAUGUUUAUGUUUGUUUCCUUUUUUAUUGUGGCGUCAUGGUUGUAUGAUGGUAAGUGAUGACUAUUGAGAUGUCAAGGAGUAAAUAAUACUACAGUAUACCGUAUCUGAAGCGUGACUAUUGCUGUAGGUCUGAUGGUAUCAUUAGUCAUAAGAUGUUGGUUCAUAAUUUCCUGUUAUACACAUAAUAACACAAUAACUAAUGCAAAUGCAUACAUACUGAGACAAAGAUAGUCAAUAAACAAUUUCCUUGGGUAUGAAGCUAUGUAACAAAUAAACAGAUG